AUAUAAGUCCUCCAUUCCUUGAUGAGCGUGAUGCGGUCUCUAGACUGCAUGAUUGCUUGGUAGAAAUAAACGACUAACAACUCAAAACUCAAUUAUACCCAUUGCCCGCCAGAUAAAGAACAAUGACAGACAAAGCUGACGUCCCAGGCGGCCCUGUCCCGGCGAAAGAUAGAGCUCUCGAGACAGGUGCCUCGCUAGUGCAAGACUUUCAGCCAGUCAAACAGCUGUGUGCCCAUCUCAAUGCCUUCCACGCAUAUGCGGACGAGCCUGGCCGGUUUGUAGAGGCGAACCACUAUUGUGCACAUUUGAGCUCAGAUGUCCGGCAAUGCAUCCUCUACGACAGCCCAGGCCCCAACGCCCGGCUUAUCGGCAUCGAGUACAUGAUUACUCGAAAGCUGUACGAGACCCUGCCCCCUGGGGAGCGGAAGCUUUGGCACUCGCACGUGUUCGAGGUGAAAUCAGGCAUGCUCGUCAUGCCCGGCCCUACUGCACCAGGCGCGCGAGCUACGUGGGAGGCUGCAGAGACGGAAGAGAUGAAGAGCGUCAUUGGGCUUUACGGCAAGGUCUACCACCUGUGGCAGACGGAUCGUGGGGACAAAUUGCCUCUAGGCGAGCCGAACUUGAUGACCAGCUUCACUGAUUAUGACCAGUUCGAUUUCGAGAAGCACGUCGGAGAGCGCGAUCGGAAGUUUGGGACAGACUGGCGCAGGAAGAAGGAGCUCAGAAAGGAUAUUUCGGAGCCGAAAAUUCAUGCGGACGCAGACUGGGCAUGGAAGCGCCGCAACUCAAUGUAGAUAUUCGAAACAUGACGCAGGAGGACU